CAGGCAUCAUUAAGCAGUGCUGAAGGAGGCGAAGAGGAAAACAGUGGCAGUGUGGGAGAGAGAGAGGGAAGAGAAGUUGGAUGGUGCUUUCCUUUGUCGCCGUGUCUUCGUGGAUACGACCAUCGAAACAGCUUACCCACGGAUCGUGAAAUCAGAAAGUGUGUCGCUGUUUUGACGGCUUAGUUUACUCCUCUGGGUUUCAUCUAUAGAACACGGUCCCAUCAGAACCUGUGGCCACAAUGAUGGAGGAAUCUGUCUCCACGUUCGAGACGCAUCUGACGGCCGUGAUGGACAGCCUGAUCCGAGCCUCGGUCUGCGAGAUCACCAAACUCUUCCAGGAGACUGUGAACGACUACCUGGUGGAGCUGUCCAUCAACAGGAGGGAGAACGAGUCUCUUAAAUUGCGCCUGAGGCUCACAGAGAACAAGCUGAGGACUGAGCGCAAGUACGGGCUGGGCUGGGCGUCCAACCGCCGCAACGCUGGGCUGUCUGCGGGGGAGGAAGGAGCAGGAGGGCGGCACAAGCGAAAAGUUGGAGGGGCCCGAGGCAAGUCAAAAAAGGGCUCAGCAGCAGCCUAUGGCAAAAACUGGCCUGGAGGUGUGUGGGAGGAAGGAGGAGGUGGCUGCGCUGGUGGUGGAGGCGGAGGAGGAGGAGGAGGAAGUGGAGGAGCUGUGGGGAUGGUAGCAGGAGGAAGAGGGGGGAAGGAGGCCAGGGAGAUGUACCUCAUCCAGUUCCCCGGGGAUGAAGAGGAUGAGGGAGGGAUGGUGGAGGACGAGGAAGGGGAGGGCAGCCUCAGCGGUGAGGGGGAGGAGACGGCCAACAUCAAAGAGGAGUUUGGUCAAACUGAAGGCUACCAACCCGCAUCUCUCCAGCUAAUUAAAGAGGCUUUGAAGAUGGACCCACCCAAUGAGGGCCUCCACAGUUCCUCAAGAUCUCAAAGCGAAGAUGAUCUGUCAGACCAUCCCCCGACUCUUCAUCCAAGUGAUAGAGAUGAGGAGGACUGGGAGGUGGGUUCAGAUGAGCCACCAGAGGGGGGCAUGACCAUGGACGAGCUGAGGGGGUUGGAGUCGGCAUUGAGGGCUGAGAGAGGCCGCGAAGAGGCAGCCAUGAAAACUUCCCAGCCUGUUAGCCCUGAGUUAAUGCCAGGCCGAGAGAGCAGCCUGGCUCCAAAAUACAUUGGUCUUGAUGGAAUGGAGCAGGAUGGAGAACUGGAGCCUCAGCCCCCCACCCUGCAGAGGGAGGAGCAGGUGGGGCAGAGCAGGUUGAAGGACGGUGUGAGGGCUGGAGGGGAUUUGAGGAUAGGCUGGUCAAAGAAGUCAAGGGAGGGGGACUCAGCCAGGGUCGUGAAAGGAGAAGACGUAGUGGAGCUUGGAGAGCCGGAGCACCCGCCCCACCUUUCUGCUCCAGGGAGUGUGGGAGAGAGCAUAGGAGAAGAGGAGGGGGGCAGCGACCUUCUUCACUUUUGUCCACAGUGUGGAGGAGGCUUCACAUCUGAGGCAGAGCUGGACGACCACCCCUGUCCACUAGGAGGCUCUCAGCAUCCGAGCAGUGAAGGAGAGGAGGGUCUUUACCCCUGCGCCCACUGUGGGAACACGUUCAGCCAUUCCUGGGCACUAAAGAACCAUGAGUGUGCCUGUGCUGCCGAGCGCCCGCACUGCUGCGAAAUCUGUGGGAAGCGCUUUACGCACUCACGCUCAUUGGAACGCCAUCAUCUGGUGCACACAGGGGAGAGGCCACACAGGUGCCCUCAGUGUGGACGCAGUUUCAGUCGUCUUGGCAACUUAGAGCGGCACCAGAGGAUCCACACAGGCGAACGUCCGUAUGGUUGUGAGGCGUGCGGGAAACGUUUCAGUCGUGUGGAGUACUUAAAGAGACACCAACUCAUACACAACAGUAAAAGGCGACACUCCAGUGCUCCAACUGUGGAAGUGGCUUCAGCGAUGUCGAGCAACUGAAGAACCACCGUUGUUUUUAAAACUGAUCCUUCAAAUCUGAGACUGAACUGGAAACAGAAUGCAGGUGUUCCAUUGAAUGUGGUAGAGCUUAGGUGAUGAAUGUGUCUGGUUGAUACUUAUUUUAUGCUCAGUGAUUUUGGCUUUGCCUUUUUCACUCACUUGAUAAUAAAGUAAAUAACAGAGGCCAAUGUCCAGAGUUUAACAGGAUGUCAGUUUUAAUGAGCAUUUCUCUGCAGGAGGAGAAGAAAAAAUCAAUCUCAGAUGUCCAGCAAUUUUUAUCUGAAGUGUUCUCAUUUCUUUGUACAAAUCUUUUACAUAUUUAUGAAGAUCAAUUCAAUGUAAUUUUCUCUCUUUUUAUCAGUAAUUUACUCAUGCUAAAGCCAACACCCUUGUUUUUUUUGCUGACAAUAUAAUUGACAGCUUAGUAUUUUAUAUGUCUGUGUUUUGGUCGUAUCAUGAAGAAAUAAAUGUUCCAAUUCAUCUGAA